AUGGGUUCGAUCUCAGGUCCAGGCUUUGACGUGUUCAACGGCUUUUACAACACCAUCAAUGGCAAAUCGACCACCACGGAGCAAACCAGACACGGCAUCAACCCCGCGACUGGCAAGCCCAAUCCAGAAGUGCCCGUCUCGACCCAGAAGGAUGUCGAUGAUGCUGUAGCUGCUGCCAAGGAAGCAUUCAAGACCUGGUCCAAGACUCCUUUCGAGAAGCGAAAAGAGGCUGUCCUGGCCUUCGCCGAUGCCCUGGACAAGUACUCCAAUGACUUUGGAAGGCUCCUGACCCAAGAGCAAGGAAAGCCACUUCAAUUCGCCGUUGGCGAGAUCCAGACCGGUGUCCACUGGCUCCGAGCCCUGUCCAAUCUCGAACUGAAGGAGGAGGUGGUGGAAGAGAACGACGAGAAGAAGAUCAUUGUCCGCUAUACACCUCUCGGAGUCGCCGUGGGCAUCGUACCGUGGAACUUCCCCGUCCAUCUCGCCUGCGGCAAGAUUGCUCCCUCACUCCUGACUGGCAACCCCAUCAUCAUCAAGCCAUCGCCCUUCACCCCAUACUGCGACUUGAAGCUCGGCGAACUCGGCCAACAAUUCUUCCCUCCUGGUGUCCUCCAAGUCCUGAGCGGUGAUGACAACCUGGGACCCUGGCUUACGAGCCAUCCUGGCCCCGACAAGAUCAGCUUUACUGGCUCGACAUUUACUGGAAAGAAGGUUAUGGAGAGCGCAGCCAAGACCUUGAAGCGAGUGACUUUGGAACUGGGUGGUAAAGAUCCGGCCAUCGUCUGCAAGGAUGUUGAUAUCAACGCCGUUGCCCAAAAGAUUGCUACCCUUGCCUUCCUCAACUCGGGCCAGAUUUGCUUGGCCAUCAAGCGCAUUUAUGUUCACGAGGAUAUCCACGACCAGUUCAGGGAUGCCAUGGUUGCGUUCACCAAGCAACUAAAGGUUGGUGACGGUACCGAGGAGGGAGUCUUCCUUGGACCCAUUCAGAACAAGAUGCAAUACGAAAAAGUCAAGACCUUCUUCAGCGACAUUGAAAAGGAGAAGUGGAACGUCGCAGUUGGUGGGAAGAACGAGGACAAACCCGGUUACUUCAUCACGCCUACCAUCAUCGACAAGCCCGCGGAUGACUCCAGAAUCGCCACCGAGGAACCAUUCGGCCCCAUUGUCCCGCUGAUGACCUGGUCUGACGAAGACGAUGUCAUUGCUCGCGCCAACAAUACCAAGAUGGGCCUCGGUGCUUCGGUGUGGUCUAACGACUUGGAUCAAGCCACUCGCAUCGCCCGACAGAUUGAUGCUGGUAGCGUCUGGGUUAAUACCCAUCUUGAGGUCGACCCCAACGCGCCUUUUGGUGGCCACAAGGAGAGCGGUCUCGGUUUCGAAUGGAGUCUUGCUGGUCUCAAGGCGUACUGCAACGUUCAGAGCCUGUACUUGAAGAAGACCACCUCAUAA